AUGGAAAUGCUUAAGUACGUUAUUAGCAAUAAUAAUUAUUCUUGGUGGAUAAAGCUUUACUUCGCCAUCAUAUUCGCAUUGGUUCUUUUUGUGGCUGUGAACUUAGCGGUUGGAAUUUACAAUAAGUGGGAAAGCACACCAGUGAUUAUUGGAAUUAGCUCUAAGAUGACUCCCAUUGAUCAAAUUCCGUUUCCGACAAUUACGGUUUGCAAUAUGAACCAGGCUAAAAAGUCGAAAGUAGGGCAUUUAACGCCGGGAUCCGUAAGAUACGCUAUGCUUCAAAAGACCUGCUAUAAGGAAUCAAAUUACUCGCAAUACAUGGAUAAUCAGCACAGAAAUGAAACAUUCUCAAAUUUCAUAUUGGAUGUUUCUGAGAAGUGUGCAGAUCUGAUAGUAUCCUGCGUAUUUCAUCAACAAAGGAUACCCUGCACUGACAUCUUCAGAGAAACUUUCGUCGAUGAAGGAUUGUGCUGCAUUUUUAAUGUCUUGCAUCCGUAUUAUCUUUAUAAGUUCAAAUCGCCCUACAUUCGGGACUUCACUUCGUCCGACAGGUUUGCAGAUAUCGCCGUGGACUGGGAUCCAAUAUCUGGCUACCCACAGAGACUACCCUCAAGUUACUAUCCGCGUCCGGGAGUUGGAGUUGGUACCUCGAUGGGUCUGCAAAUCGUUCUCGACGGUCACGUGGACGACUACUUCUGCUCCUCCACAAACGGCCAGGGAUUUAAAAUACUUCUGUAUAAUCCGAUAGACCAGCCGCGCAUGAAGGAGUCGGGAUUACCUGUGAUGAUUGGGCACCAGACGAGUUUUCGCAUCAUAGCUAGAAACGUUGAGGCUAUACCCUCUAUAAGAAAUAUUCAAAGGACGAAACGCCAGUGUAUUUUCAGUGACGAACAGGAAUUACUCUUCUAUCGCUAUUAUACGCGCCGAAACUGCGAAGCAGAGUGCGACUCCAUGUUUUUCUUGAGGCUCUGCAAUUGUAUUCCCUACUACCUACCACUAAUUUAUCCCAACGCCUCAGUGUGCGACGUGUUCCACUUUGAAUGUCUGAAUCGGGCGGAGUCCCAGAUCUUCGACCUACAGAGCUCUCAGUGCAAGGAGCUUUGCCUGACCAGCUGCCACGACCUAAUUUUCUUUCCCGAUGCCUUUUCCACUCCUUUCACCCAAAAGGACGUCAAGGCACAGACCAACUACUUGACGAAUUUCUCAAGUGAAUACAUACGCAAAAACUUGGCUGUAGUCAACUUUUUUCACACCGACAACUAUUUCAGGAGCAGUGUAAGGACUUCGUAUACCGGACCCACUGAAUAUAUGGCGUCAACUGGUGGAAUCAUGAGCCUAAUGAUUGGUUUCAGUGUAAUAUUCCUCGCUGAGAUAAUAUACAUCAUUUUGUUUGUUUCAACAUUGUUGCUUAUAUUAAUAUUCUGA